GGGCGCUUCCCGCGGGGAGCGGGCGGGCGGGGGGACGCUUGAGGCCGAGCCCCUUCAGCCGCCCGUGUCCCCUCAUCCCGCCUCAGCCGCCCCGGGAUGAGGCGAGGCGGCGGGACGGCGAGGGGCCCCGGGGAGCGGUUCGGGGCCGGCGGCCGGUGGUGGCGGUUCCCCGGCGGCCGGUGCGAGGCGGGCGGUAGCGGGACGAGUGAGCCGCUGCGGGGGGGAGUUCGCUACACUUUCUCGCGCUGGAAAUUCCAUUAAAGCUGAAAGAGCCGAGCUGGAAUUGGCGCCGCGCGCUCCGCUGGCGUGGGAGUCCCUGAGAGCUGGAGGAAGCGGGGUUGAAAGCGAAGCGCUGCUGCCGGAGUGUCUCCGGGUGUGCUGGAGCUGGGCUCCUGGGGGGAAAGCCGGGGAGGUGCUCCCAGGGCAUUGGAUGUAGCUCCAGCUUACGAGCUCUGAUUAUCUGAGAUCCGCUGAAAUGACUGAAGUGAUGAUGAACACCCCAGCCAUGGAUGAGAUCGGACUAAGCCCCCGCAAGGAUGGGCUGUCGUAUCAGAUCUUCCCCGACCCCUCGGACUUUGAUCGCUACUGUAAGCUGAAGGACCGCCUGCCCUCCAUCGUGGUGGAGCCCACGGAGGGCGACGUGGAGAGCGGCGAGCUCAGAUGGCCGCCCGAAGAGUUCCUCGUGCAGGAGGAGGACGAGGAGGAGGAGGAGGAGGAAAACUGUGAAGACGCAAAGAAGGACAGCAAGGAGCAAUAAAUGGCGUCUGAGGAAAGGCAAGGGACUGCACCCUUCUGAAGGAAGAGCCACACUUUCUUUGAAAGUCUUUUUAAUAAGACAAGUUCAAUUUUGCACCUGCGAGAUCUUAGUUUUUUUGUAUUCUCUGUAUUGAGAACUGAAGCCCUCGGUGUCACCAGACCUCCUGAGGAAGGAAGGAAGUAACGCAGAGAAAUGUUUGCUGUUCUCGAGAUCAUUAUCUGUAUUUUUCCGAGGCGGAGGCAGCAGUGAAAUUCCAAGCACAUGGCAGAGGGUGACCACACGAGGACUGCUGGAAGGGGGAGCUCGGGAAGGGGGAGGAAAGUUGGAGGUGGCAGCGUUUGGCUGGGAGCUGCCUCUGGCUAAAAGCAUGAGAACAGAGCCAAAAUAUCUCAGAUUUGCCUUUCUUACAGCUUCCAUUUUGUGUGCUGGGGGGUGGAAGGGUGUCCAUAGCGAAGCAUGGCUAACUGAUCUAGUGACAAGGGGCCUGUAGCUCUCCCUGGUUCGGCACCUCCUAGGGUAAGGUGAGCGUCCAUAGGAGUAGUCUGGUUUCUUGCUCUCGCUGUUGAGCCUGUUUUCCAGCCACUUUCCCCAAAGUUACUUUGUCCCCCUGUUUGCCUUUAGACUCUUCAAUGCUGAGCAGCUGUAUUUGCAGGAUAGCAUUAGGCUGCUGCUUGUCAUCUCUCCUGCAACGCCCUAGCUUAUCUUGCAGGUGGUGAGCAUGAGGUGGUGUGCAUCGGAUGUAAAAAGGUGCUUCUGUCUGCAGCAAGAGCUCAUGUAGGUUUGAACACCUCAGAUUUUUCUCUCCUAUUUGCUGAGGCUGCUGUGGGUGGUCUCCUCUUGUACAGUGCCCCAAGCCUAAGGGUGGAGAUUCAUGCCUCCUUGCCUUGGUGUCCUUGCAGUUGUAGGGUUUUGUGUCUCUUAACUUGCUGGUCAAUGGGCUUGAGAGGGCUGGGGUGGGGGGGUUCUCCUCCAGCUCUGCACUGCAGGGCCUCCUCAGUGCAGGACAGGUGGGAGUGUUGGGAGGGGGGCUGCCAGACCUGGGGGUCAUCCAAAGACAAAACACCAGAUCUAGUGUGGAUCACCAGUGGGGUUUGCAGGAUGGGGUCUGCUGGGAGAGACCAUGCCUGGGUGUCUUGAGACAAGAUGCAUUCCUGCUUCUUAGUGAGGGUGAAAAGUCCGUGGUUGUUUUAAUGAAGUGCAGACUGGCUUGUGAGGUCUGGGUUUGUCGUCUCUUCACCAUAUCCUGCCUCAAGGAGAAGGCCAGUCUGCUGCCAGACAAAGGAACCUGCUGCUUUCCUGGAAACAAGGGAUGGUCUUGCAGCUUUGGGGACCAGCCUAGGAGCCAGUCAGUCUUGGGAUAGGAUGAGAGCAGGUACCACCUAAACCAAAUCUGGGGUCAUGGAAGAGAAAAAGAAAUGUCAAGGCCUUAACCAAACUUCCAUAAUAAUCCCAAUGCCACCCCCCUUUGCUUAUAACUGGUUCCAUUUUUAAAAUCUAUUUGGACAUGUGUGUAUUUGUAUUUUUAAUACCUCAUGAGUAGUUAAAUGCUGGUGGGGUUUGGGAACUGCUUUUAACGUAUUGGCAGGAUUGUUUUAGUCUUGUCUUGCUUGUGUUUCAACAUAAUGGCAAUAAUUUAUCAGCUGUGUAACUCUUUUUGGACAGAUGGGGGUUUGGAGAUGAGUUAGCACAAAGCAGGAGAAAUUCAGUGUUCCUACACUGCAGCUGGCCUCUGGUCCAGCCACGCAGACCCAGUCAGAUACUCCCUGCCCACCUUGGAUGGGUGAUCACUGAACAGCCAUGAUGUGGUGAUACCAUUUUCUCUAGCAAUGGAUUCAGCUGUUGUGUCUGUAACACUUGUUCUAGUCUUGCUGUCUUACUGGAGUGAGCUUGUACACCUGCAUACCAGCCAGUUGUCUUAUUUCUAAGUGUUACUCUCUAUUGGUCUCUACCAUCUGUACCACCAAGUCAAAGCUCUAUAUCAAAGAUAUUACCAUGUGGGCAGCAGUGAGAUGGCAAUCCUUGGACUUCAGACCUGCUGUCUGCCCUAAAGACUUGCAUAUUUCUGUCUGCAUCCUUUUUUUGGAAGUAUUGUGUAUAUUUCUAUUUGUUGUUGAACGUAUCUAAAGAACAAAGCACUCCAGUAAAACUCCUGUUGUAUGAUAUACAUUCUAUAUUUCUGUAAUUCUUUUUUGAGCCUCAGGGAGAAGCUAGCAUUUUUUUCAAACUACAUUUUUGUCACUGUGACAGUUGUAAAUAAAGUUUGAAAAUGCUUUCCAAACGUA